UUUCGGGAGAAUUUGAGGAGAUUUUGGGGGAUUUUUUGGGAUUUUUGGAAGUUUUGGGGGAUUUUGGGAUCCUCCGUUACCUCCCCACCCCUCACAGGCCCCAGAGACGCGUCCGGAGCAGCGAUGGCCGCCAAGGUGAAGGUGGAGAAGCCAGAGCUGGAGGCGGGGGCUGCGCGGCGACGCCUGGACGCCGUCCUGGAGCAGCUCCUGCAGCGCGGCCCCAGGGAGCCGCUGGAGGAGGAGCCUGGGAAAGGCCCCGGGGACCCCCCGGCCAAGGAGGCCUCGCCCAGCGCUCCGGGAAAAAGGCCCCCCGGGCGAUUCCCGCAGCAGCGACGGAAGAAGAGGAGAGAGGGGGGGGAGGGGCUGGAGACCCCUCCCCAAAAACAGAACUCGUUCGUGAUCCGGCUCUUUGACCGCAGCGUGGAGCUGGGGCAGUUCCCGGCGGGGACCCCCCUGUACCCCGUGUGCCGCGCCUGGAUCGGCCACAGCCCCGCCCCCGCCCCGCCCCCUGAGCAGGCCCCCCCCGGAGCCGAGGAUGUUCUGGCCCUGCCCCCACCUGGCCCCGCCCUGGCCCCGCGGGUCCCCUCCCCCCUGGGCCCCGAGGAGGGGGCGGAGCCGCCCGACCAGGUGCUCGACCCCGCCCCCUCGAUUACGUCACUGAUCUACAAGAACAUGGACAGGUGGAAACGGGUGCGGCAGCGGUGGCGGGAGGCGGCGCAGCGGCAGCAGCAGCGUUACGGCCCCAGCCUGAGGCUGCUGCGCAUCAUCUAUGAGCGCCAGUAACGACACGCCCACCCCGGGCCACGCCCCCUCGGCCACACCCACUACAGUCACACCUGGCCACGCCCACACCCAUCAUGGUGACACCCACCCCUCUGGCCACGCCCACCCUGGCCUCGCCCAUUUCAUCCAUGCCCAUGGCCACACCCAGAUUGGCCACGCCCAUCGUGGCCACG